ACUUUGUAAACAGACGACAUAAGAUUAAGAAUUAAAAAGUAGUAAUUUUCGAAUUUCUUUCAAAUGGCUUGUAGAUUAAUAAAAUCUAGUUUAGUUUUAUGGAAUUUAUCACGAAAACAUUCACUACAUUAUGGUGCUACUUAUAGUGCAUUCGUGUUUUGCCGACAAUUUCACAUCGGAGAAACUUAUUUUAAGAGAAGGAAAACUAAAGAAGAACGAAAAGCUCCUAAAAUCAUUGAGUACUCUCCGAAGAAACAACAUGAUCCUAAUUCAGAAUUUGUUGAGGUUUGGCGAAGCAUGACAGUGGAUGAUUUAUCUAAAAGUUGUGAUCGUGAUUUGGAACUUGUCCAAGAAGCUAUGCUCUAUGUUAAAGGUGCACCUGAUAUUAAUCCAGAAACACGACUUGAAGACAUCAAUAUAAUCAAAGAAAUUGUUAAGAAAUUCGGGAUGAGAAUAAAAACUGUUGGAGCUCCAGGUAAAGAAAAGGAAAUUGAGAAGGAUCGUGAUGUUUUUAAAAGACCUCCAGCAAAACCUGAAGACUUAAAGCCACGAGCACCAGUUGUGACAGUGAUGGGUCAUGUUGAUCAUGGAAAAACGACACUGCUUGAUACACUUCGUGGUGCAUCAGUUGCACAAAGUGAAGCUGGUGGAAUCACUCAGCAUAUUGGUGCUUUCACAGUUGAGUUGAAUAGCGAAGAGAAUAUCACAUUUUUAGACACUCCUGGACAUGCUGCUUUCAGUGCUAUGAGAGCUCGAGGUGCCAACAUUACCGACAUAAUCGUCCUCGUUGUAGCUGCUGAAGAUGGCGUAAUGGAACAAACAAAAGAAGUUGCAGCGUUAGCUCAAAGAGAAAAUGUUCCCAUUAUUGUAGCAAUUAAUAAGAUCGACAAACCAGAAGCAGACCCUGAAAAGACAAAACGAGAAUUGGCUCAGCUUGGAAUUAAUUUAGAAGGCCAUGGAGGCGACACUCAAUUUGUUUGCAUUUCUGCAAAGUAUGGAACAAAUUUAGAAGAAUUGGUAGAAGCAAUUAGCACACAAGCUACUUUAAUGGGACUCACAUCCGACUUCACCGGUCUUGUAGAAGGAGUUGUAGUUGAAUCUAGCACAGAUGCACGUCGUGGAAAGUUGUCAACGGCAAUUGUGACAAGAGGAACUCUCAGACGUGGUGCUGUAUUAGUAAGUGGAUGUGCUUGGGCAAAAGUUCGAGCACUAUUUGAUCAUGCAGGACAUCCUGUUGAUGCAGUAGUGCCAGGAAUGCCAGUUGAAAUUCUCGGAUGGCGCGAACUUCCGGAAGCAGGAGAUGAAAUUAUAGAAGUUGAAUCAGAAAAAGUUGCACAUUCAGUUAUGCGAUGGAGACAAGCACAGCAUCAACGAAUGAAGGCUGAAAGUGAAGUUGAUGUAAUUAAGCAAAAGCAAAUGGAACAUUAUGAGAAAUAUAAAUCAGAAAGAGACGCUCGAAGGAAACUUGGUAAAUUUAAAUCAAAAAGAAUUGGACCGAGGACAAAGGAGAACAUUGGAGACGAUGAUGGCAUUCCUCGAAUCAACGUCAUUAUUAAAGGUGAUGUUCAUGGAAGUGUCGAGGCUAUUUUAGACGUUCUCGAGACGUAUCAUGAUAAUGAUAUUGUAAAAUUGGAUGUUGUGCAUUACGGAGUUGGGGAUGUCAAUGAAGGCGAUGUAGAACUUGCUAAGUUAUCAAAUGCAAUCAUUUAUGCCUUUUCAGUUAACCAUCAGAAAGUCACAAUCCCUGCAAAUGUGAAACUACAAGAAGUCAACAUCAUUUAUCGUUUAGUUGAUCACUUGAAGAAGGAAAUUAAUUCUAAAAUUCCACCAGUUGACGUGGAAGAAUUUGUAGGCGAAGCAAAUGUUUUGCAGAUUUUUCAAAUCACAGAAGGACGCAAGGAAGUGACGGUACUUGGCUGCCGUUGCACUAAAGGAGUUCUCAAAAAAAAUCAGAAAUAUCGGUUGAUGAGACAUGAUGAAGUAAUUUAUGAAGGCCAAUUAGAAUCCAUGAGACACUUAAAGACAGAAGUAGAUACAAUUAAGAAUAAUCUAGAAUGUGGCUUACGCUUUUGCAAGUUUGAUGUUGAAGCAAAACCUGGCGACACUUUGACUUGUUAUACAAUCGUUCAAGAAGCUCAAGAAACUACUUGGGAUCCUGGAUUUUAGUGAUGAAUAUUUCGUAGAAAUUUUAGAUAUUUAAUAAAAUAAAAUUUACCACGUUGAUCAUAUCGAU